UCUUUUCUGGAAAAAUAAUCAAAAUACACGUAACUAUAACCACACAUCCCCUCAGGAUAGUGAGCUCGUUGUUGGUCAUGCGUAGUUUCAUACAUAUGUUUUAUUCGAUGCAUGUGUUGUGUGUUGCGUGAGUCAAAAGAUGAUUCUGGUAAAUUAAAGUGGUGAAAAGUACAUUAAAGAUUCGAUGAUGGUCUUGGACCAUUUAAAAUUUAGUUGUUUUUCAAAAAUACAUAAGACUUUGUGGAUAAAAGCCCCGUGCAUACCUAAGAAAGCUUCAAAAGUAUUUGAAGCUUUCGAGGCCGUGUUCAUGGAACUAUGAACCUAGACUCGUUGUCUUUUACCUUGUCACAAAUAAGUUAUUUAGUUGCAUCAUUAACCAAAAAGAACUACAAGCAAGUCGUUGCCGAACUCUCAAAGUUGGUAACUUUGCAUGGUCUGGAGGCGGACCGUCACUUGCUCCAAUGUCUAUUUUCAUCAGUGGACUUUUCUGAAUCUACAAGCAAAAUAACCGCUCCAUCUCCCCAAAAUCAAGCAUUGUUAGAGCAGUGUUCGAACUUGUUGAACAAACCCUCGCUGCUGACGUCUGUUUGCUACAUCACAGACAAUCCAUUGAGCACCAACAAGGUAACAAAACCGCUUCGGUGGGUCACUUUUUCUGCAGCGGUUCCGUUACAGGCUUUCAAAUUCGGACCCCAGUUCUUCCAGCAGUUGAGCAAGUGCCUUCGCCUCUCAGCUGUCCAGGAAGUCGUUUUCGCUCUCGCCCUUCGCCACUCUUCAAACCAGGAAGUUUCGUCUUUAGCCCAGGCACAUUUACGGUUAACGGUUCCGACUCUCAUCCAGUCGUAUAUCGAGACUGAAGGCAGCACCCGCCAGCACGAAGGGGGCCUCCACGAGACCACCCCCGAGGUCCUCCACUUGAUCCUCUCCGCUGUUCUGAAAGCCCCCAAAGACGUUGGGCUCACCAACAACGCGCACCGGGCGUUUCUCGACACUCUCCAGCGCGACUUCCCCAAAGACCUCGUUCCCGUAGUGUUAGCACCGUUAGUUUACCCCGAACAUUGUGAAUUGUCGCCGGAAAUGUCAUCCGAAGGCCCCGGUUUAUCCGGGGGCAUGUUAGAGACUUCGCUGGCCGAUCUGGUGGCUGAGAUCGGUUUCGGUUUUACUUCGUCGGUGGAAGAAUGUCGGAACAACUUGAUGAAGCUUGGGGGACGCGACAUCACCCCUGCAACAGUCGCUCGGAUCCUUACCGUUAUGUGCCGAACACACAGUGGCCUUGAAGAUUCACUCAGUCUACAAUCGCCAGGCAGUUUUAAUAAGGGCAAUGAGGGGCGCACUUGGAACGUGGAGGUUUUCGUCCAGGCGUUGAAAGAGGUCGUGCCGAACUUUCAAUGGGCCAACACUGUGGCCGAGUUGGACCAUCCCGAAUUUAUUAUUAAAGAUAGACAAGGACUCAUUAUUCUAAUAAGUGCACUUCGACAUGGCCUCCAGACGCUGGGAUUCCACCCGGAAACUUUUCCAAUUGACCAAUUUUAUAAGAGAUGGACGAACGUCGAGGGGCAGUUCAGUCUCGUUCAACAUGUUCUCAAAAAUCCAGAUGUGUUCUGUUUUGCUGACUAUCCCGCGAUGACCGUCAGUGUUGACGUUCUCAAAACACCACCGGAACAAGACAGCAAGGAACUGGCCAAUUGGAGAUCGUUAAAUCUGGUCGAGUUGCUCCUGCACAUGUCUGAAUGUGGCUUGUUCACUUACGUUCAAGAACUGUUCAAAUAUCCAAUGCACAACUGUCCUGAUGUCUUAGUCCUCGCAUUGUUACAAAUACAAGGGCCUGUAACGCUCCUCAGACAAGAAUUACUCUCCAACUUGAUCCCAAUCUUUCUCCUGAAUCACCCAAACUCUGCCAUAAUACUACACCAUGCCUGGCACACCACCAACAUCAAUAUCAAAUCCAUAAUAAUGCAUGCCAUGGCCGAAUGGUAUGUGCGAAGCGACUGCGAUCAAACGAGACUGUCCCGAAUUCUGGACGUUGCCCAAGACCUGAAAGCCCUCUCAAUGCUCCUAAACGCCCAAAACCAACAAUCUUAUCCGUUCAUCAUCGACUUGGCUUGUCUUGCAUCCAGACGUGAGUACCUCAAGCUGGAAAAGUGGCUCUCGGAUAAAAUCAGAGAACACGGCGAGCCUUUUGUCCAAGCUUGCGUCAAGUUUUUGCACCGCCGUUGCCCGCAAAUCCUGGGCAAAAGUGACGACGCUAUGACCAAAGCUUCGUCCCUACCCAACGAAACUUUGACCACGAUUAUGAUUUGUUUGCAAUCUUGCAUGAACAGCGUCAGUCCCGAGUGCCAAGAGGCGAUAAUCAACGUCACCACCGGUUGCAGUAUUUUACUGAAAUCGCGUCAACAGCCGGCUCUUGUUAGGUCCAGGGGCGUUGAAGGCCCGUUCAGUGUUUCGGCAAUGUCGGGACAGCUUUACAACCACUCUGCUGUCGAUACUAUUCCCGGUUUGACCACGAAUUUGGCCAGCAUGACAAUGUCGGGGCCCACUAGUUCGGCGUUUAAUUUGCAAGGGGGACUCGGGCCGCUAGUGCAGUCUCCCGGGUCUCCUUCGCGGAUUUUGGGUGCUGGUCCUUCAAACAGUCCGUUUCCGAUGAUGCCGUUGCAACAUCAGGGACCAGUAGGGACCAGUUCGUCGCUGGUUUUGGGAGUUAAUCAAAUCGGGAAUAUUGGAAGGAUGGGCCCGGCUUCGAAUAUUGAUAAAAGCAGGAUUCCUGAAUAUAACUUGUUCCCGGAAAUGUCGCCCAACGUAUCGAAGGAUAUUGAAGACGAAGCUAAUAGCUAUUUUCAAAGGAUUUACAAUCAUCCGCCUCAUCCUACUUUGUCCAUUGAUGAGGUGUUGGAUAUGUUGAAGAGGUUCCAGGAUUCGCACAACAAACGGGAGAGAGAAGUUUUCAACUGCAUGCUGCGAAACCUGUUCGAAGAAUACAAAUUUUUUCCGCAAUACCCGGAGAAGGAACUGUUUAUCACAGCCCAACUCUUUGGUGGCAUAAUCGAAAGGAGCAUCGUAACAUCUUACGUCGCAUUGGGGUUGGCUCUGCGUUUCGUCUUAGAAGCCCUCAAAAAACCAGAGGGAUCCAAAAUGUAUUAUUUCGGCAUAGCAGCGCUGGAUAGAUUCAAGAGCCGAUUGAAAGACUACCACAAAUAUUGCGAGCACGUACGAGCCAUACCUCAUUUUUCCGAAUUUCCGUCACAUUUACAAGAAUAUGUCGAGUACGGUUUGCAAAGUGUUGAACCACCAAAUAAGCCACAAGGUUCAGUUUUACCCGCCAGUAUGGCUUCGAUGCUUGCGCCACCAAGCACUCCAGUUUCGCAAGUGUAUAAACCGAAUUCGACGAUAAGUUCGAGUGCCCCGAGCAAGGCAAGUACUACGACCACUAGUACUUUGGGGAGUAGACCAUCGAUAGCCAAUGCAACGAAUAUUGACACACUUCUGGUCGCCACAGAAAAAGAUGAGAAAGUAAUUGCGCCACCGGAAGCUCUCCAGGAUAAAAUUGCCUUCAUUUUUAAUAACUUGAGUCAACUGAACCUUAAACCGAAGUGUGACGAGUUGCGUGAGCUAGUUUUGGAGGAAUACUGGCCUUGGCUAUCGCAAUAUUUGGUAAUGAAGAGGGCGUCAAUCGAGUUGAAUUUUCACGGGCUGUAUUCUAAUUUCUUGGACACUUUGAAUAACAACGAAGUUUACAGAAUGGUCACUAAAGAAACGUACAGAAACAUCAAAGUUCUGCUACGAUCGGAUAAAGGAAUCGAGAAUUUCUCUGAUAGAUCAUUAUUGAAGAAUUUGGGACACUGGUUGGGCAUUUUGACUUUGGCCCGCAACAAACCAAUUCUUCAAAUCGAUUUAGACCUAAAAUCACUGCUUGUAGAAGCGUACAAUAAAGGCCAACAGGAAUUGCUGUACGUGGUGCCAUUCGUAGCGAAAGUGAUAGAAUCGUGCGCUAAAAGCAAAGUCUUCAAGCCACAAAACCCCUGGACCAUGGCCAUCAUGAACGUCCUCGCCGAACUCCACCAAGAGCAGGACUUGAAACUCACUCUGAAAUUCGAAAUCGAAGUGUUGUGCAAAAACCUCGAUAUUGACAUAACUCAACUGAAACCGACCAUGUAUUUGAAAGACCCUGAACGCAUCCACAAGAUCGAGUAUCAAUUAUCUCAACCAUCUAAGAAAGAAAACGUUUUAAUUCCGUCAACACAAGGCAACAUCCCUCAGGGCGCUAUAAACGAACCGGAGUUGGUGAACAUGAUUCCGGGACAGGCGGCUAAUUCUCCAGUCACACACAAUAACAGUACCACUCCAACUUCGGCAUUGUCUGCACCUCCGGAGCCCCGUUUCAGCUAUGGGGACAUCCAAAUUGCCGGAAUGACAUCUUUUCAGACACACACCGUCGUCAGUCCUUCUAUCCUGCUGUUCCAAAACCAGCCACAGUUGAAACCUCUAGUUCGGUCGUCAAUUGAACAUGCUGUGCAGGAGUGGAUCGCGCCUGUUGUUGACCGCUCCAUUAAAAUCGCUUUGCAAACGUGCGAACAAAUCAUCAGAAAGGAUUUUGCUUUGGAUCCUGACGAGGGACGAAUGAGACUAGCGGCGCACUUUAUGGUCAGGAAUCUAACCGCCGGUAUGGCAAUGAUAACGUGCCGAGACCAAUUGUUGUCUGCCAUAAAUACUCACCUGAAACAGGCCCUCUUGGCGAAUAUUGGUACUCCUACUUUGCAACAAAAGGAGAUGAUUGAACAAGCGGCCAGUAUUAUUGCCAAUGACAAUAUGGAGUUGGCGUGUGCCUUUGUUCAAAAAACGGCGGUGGAGAAGGCUAUUCCCGAAAUUGACAAGCGGUUGAUGAGCGAGUACGAUCUUAGGAAGAUGGCGAGACAAGAAGGACGGCGCUAUUGUGACGCCAUUGCGCUGACUUACCAGGCCGAGCGAAUGCCCGAGCAGAUUCGCCUAAAAGUGGGCGGAAUUUCCAACAGCCAAAUGGCUGUGUACGAAGAAUUCGCCCGAAAUAUUCCAGGAUUUUUACCGAACGAACGCGAUUCGAGCAUUUUGAUGCAAAAACAAAACUUGGCACCGAUUGAAACCCAGAUACAUCCAACCACACCAUUUCCCCUACCACAAGCAGCGGUGCUCAACGAUGACUUGACCAUAACUUUCGAGAAAUUGUGUCUCGAAAUCGAACAGUUUGUCCAAGCCACAUCCGGACAACCACAAUAUUCGCACAUGAGUUCUAAUUUGCUUUUGAUCAGAGAAUGUCUUCUACAUACUUCGAGAAAUAGGGAUCCGACUCCGCCACAAGCCAUGGUACAAAAAUGCGUGGAGAGUCUGCAAGAUUCCCUUGGUUCGACAUUGAGCGAAGCCGACCCUGUUGUUAUGCGUUUCAAGGAGAUUAUAGUUAGAGUUUUGAAAUCAUUCCAAGAUCCGCGUGUUUUCGGACAACAGUGGACUAACAAACUGGUUACGAGAUUUUUGACUGAAUGUCGUGAAGAUUAUCGUUACAAUAUCGACGCUGUCGAUACGUUGAUCAAGUCUGGUCUUGUUCAUGUUCCUCAGUAUGAUUUGGCACUGGCCCAGUGCAUGGAAAACGGCGUGAACUAUAUGGGAGUCAACUUUGCCAUGCAAUUGGUCCAGUUGUAUCUGAUUGACGAUCGCAAUAACCAGUUUGUGACCGAUAAUGACCUUUGUAAUACGAUCGAAAUGUUGGCCAAGAUACAAACCCACAUGAGACAGCCACCUGAAGGUUUGGGCAAUAUCAUCGAGAUACUGAGACAAAAUCCUGAAACACCGUUCUUUGGAGACCGCGCGCCCGUUGGACCUACUCUUCACAUUCACAAUGGAAUUCUUCAGGUGCGCGGGCCGUAUCACGAUGAUCCUCCGGGAUUUGUCGAGAAAACCGACUUCCUCUUAAGGGAGUGGAUAAGUAUCUACAACCAGCCUCAAGGCCGCGACUCAACGAAAGCGUUCGGCGUAUUCGUGCAUCAAAUGAACAUGCAUGGGAUUCUAAAAACCGACGAAUUGAUUACAAGAUUUUUCAGAUUGUCCACACAGUUGUGCGUGGAAGCGGUGUACAGAAUAAUUUCAGAUAAGACCAACGCACAGUUACCAACAGUCAGAGCGAAAUGUUACAACACACUGGACGCGUUUGUUCGUCUGGUGGCCCUCUUGGUGAAACAUUCAGGUGAUGCCAAUAACACCACUACAAAAAUACAUCUUUUGAAUAAAGUUUUGGGGAUCGUCGCCGGCUGUUUGCUCCAAGAUCACGACACAAGAACCAUCGAGUUCAAUCAGCUGCCCUACCAGAGGAUCUUCACCAUGUUGUUCCUCGAGUUGAACUCCCCCGAACCGGUCUUAGAAGCCAUCAAUUUCCACGUGUUGAGCGCUUAUUGCCACACUCUCCACAUCUUGCGUCCGACGAAAGCCGCCGGUUUUUGCUACGCCUGGUUGGAGUUGGUGUCCCAUCGAAUCUUCAUGGGGCGCAUGCUAGCGGGGACUCCGCAACAAAAGUGUUGGCCUUUGUACGCGCAACUUCUCAUUGAUCUUUUCAAGUAUUUGUCGCCGUUUUUGAGGAACGCCGAGUUGGCCAAACCUGUCACCAUGCUCUACAAAGGCACCUUGCGCGUGCUCUUGGUCCUCCUGCAUGAUUUCCCCGAGUUCCUAUGCGACUACCAUUACAAUUUCUGCGAUGAGAUUCCACCAAAUUGUAUUCAAAUGAGAAACUUGAUUUUGUCGGCCUUUCCGCGCAACAUGAGGCUCCCUGACCCCUUCACCCCCAACUUGAAGGUCGAUAUGUUGCCAGAGAUUGCCUUCGGUCCCAGAAUCCUAGCAAAUAUUCCGAUCAACAUCACUCCAGCUCAGUUCAGAAAGGAUCUCGAUUCGUAUCUGAAAGCUAGGGCUCCGGUGACCUUCCUAUCGGAAUUGCGGAGCAAUCUUCAGAUUUCCAACGAACCUGGCGUGCGUUACAACAUCCCCUUGAUGAACGCGCUGGUUCUGCAUGUGGGCAUGCAAGCUAUCGCCUAUAUCAGAGGCAAGGGACACCCCCCGAACAUGACCACCAUCGCACACAGUGCCCAUAUGGACAUCUUCCAGAACCUCGCCGUGGAUUUGGAUACCGAAGGGAGAUACUUGUUCCUGAAUGCCAUAGCGAAUCAGCUGCGUUAUCCCAACAGCCACACGCACUACUUCUCGUGCACUUUGUUGUACUUGUUCGCCGAAGCCAACACUGAAGCCAUUCAAGAGCAAAUAACGCGAGUUCUUCUGGAGAGGUUGAUCGUCAACAGACCACAUCCGUGGGGGCUGCUCAUCACCUUCAUCGAGUUGAUCAAAAAUCCCACCUACAAGUUUUGGAGCCACGAGUUCGUGCACUGCGCUCCCGAAAUUGAAAAGUUAUUUGAGUCGGUUGCCAGAUCAUGCAUGGUGCAGAAAACAGCAGUGCAAGCCCAAGAAAAUGAAAUCCAAGAGUGAUAACAUGUCUUUGUGAUUUGUAUAUAAUGAAAUGGUUACAUAUUGUGAACUCGAAUUAUUUUAAUUUGCUUUUUAUUAAUUUUCUUUCUGGUAUUAUGCGAUUAAUUAAUUUCCUUUAUAGGUAUAAGGAUAGAUGUAGAUAUAGCUCUGUAAAAAUUAGUUAUUUUUAAGAAAUUUUCAAGUAUUUGUAAUUACUAUAAAUAUGUGGAUGUAUUAAAUGGUUUUCAAUGUUUUGAAGAAAGCA